CGCGGCUUUUGCAAAAUGGAGUUGACUUGCUGGCAAGCCAGAUACCAUGAACUGCGAUUCGCGUGGGUUGAUACUUGCUGCAUUGACGAAUCGAGCAGCGCAGAACUCUCCGAGGCCAUCAACUCUAUAUCCACCUUCGCAAGUAGCCGGCGAUUCACCCGUGGCUGGACUCUGCAGGAGCUUCUGGCGCCCAGGCAACUGCGAUUCUUCGAUGCACACUGGACAUACUUUGGCGACCAAAAGAGCCUGUCAAGGGCAGCAGGCCGAAAAACUACACCACUUGCAGACAUCGUGCACUGUCUGCUUGGAAUCUUUGAUUUCUCCAUGCCUCUAUCGUACAGGGAAAGACACCGCGCGUUCCACAGACUACAGGAAGAGAUCUUGCUCUCCAUAUUGCUUUGG